CGCACAAGGGGAGUGGGCAGGGAGGGGUGGUCUCCUGCCUUUUUACUCAAUUAUACCCGCCUCUGUCUGGUGGCGCACUUCUCAACCUUUCGAACAGGCAUCAGCGACGCUUUAGCGUUUUAAGUCAAUUAGGUAGGUGAAGGCGAACAGUUAAAUUUGUUUUUAAAAUAAAGGCUGAAGAUUUCAAAAUAACUAAGUCAGAACCAUGACAGAUCCCGAAUGGCAGUCUCCUUCUGUCUCGUCCUCGGCUCGUUUAGACGACGUUGUUGACGAUCGUACCGCCGAAGGUAUGGAGGAAAUGCUGGAUGAUUUGGAUCCUCUCAAGCCUGGGGCUGGCGACGCACCCAGAUUUGUACCUUCGGUCCCUGUACCUCCGGCUCCCAGCGGCUUCGAGCUGGCAGAGAGCACUAACAUCGGCGAUGAGGAUACCCAGAUUCCUCCACUUCUGCCCCCCAGAAGCCGACCAGAACCGGACUCCACCUCAGAGACGGCGCCUGCUACAUCCACAGUGUCCGCCAAGACUUGUCCAGAGUCUGCCGGUUACACUUUCCUAGAGCAGAAGCUAGAUCCAGAAGACGAAUCCUUUCUUUCUCCUUCCGUUGCACCUGAAUGUGUGAUGCAGUCCUCUGCAGACUUUUCUGUCAACUUGAAAGAUCAGACCGCUAGUGCCGAACCUGUGGGCCCACAGGAUGCUGCACCUGUGCAUGUUGAACCUGUUCCUGUCUUCUCUUUGCCCUCCUUUUCUUCUGAUUCUGUAACUGAAUUAACAGUGUCCACAAAAACAGUCCACAAUGAUGAUCUUGCAGAGAGUGAAGUUCCUUUAAACACCGAAUUACAAACAACCUUGGGUUUUUUGGACGAUGCAGUGAACAAACAAGUAGCAGAGCAUUUUAAAAAAGCUCAUUCUGUUGAUGAAAAGGCACAAGUGAAGCCAGCAUUUAUAGAAUCAUCAGAGAUAGACAAACUAAAUUCUGCUGAUGAAAGUCCAUUUCAAGACACAGUUGGUCAGUGUAUAGAGCCAAAUGGAAAUGAAGUUAAAGGGACUACACUCCAUGUUGAAGAAAUGAAGCCAGAACAAGUCAUUGCAGAUAAGGGAGAACUGAAGAUUAGUGAGGACAUGAGAAUACAUAAUGUUCAGUUAUCAGAUGACAGAAAAGUUGAAAUGGAAACAAAUAAUUUUGGAUUAAUUAAUGAAUAUGUUGGUGUGUCAGGGGCUGAUACGCUUCCCCUAGGCAGAGUUGUUGAAAAGGAGUUUAUGCAGAAUACACUGGAUUCUAAUGACCAAACUAUAAAACCAGUGGAUAGUGGUCUUAACUUUUGCUAUGGGGACAUUUUGGAAGUAAAGGAGAAAAAUGAACUAAAGAUGACUGGUCCAACAAUUAAUCAGGUGGCUCUUAUUGAUUCUUACAUCAAAGAUGCCAUCAAUGUAAUUGAUAAGUCUGAGAAAGAUGUGUUUGAAGAUCAGGAACCUUCAAAGACACCAUGUGAAACCAGAGAAACAAUUGUGGCUAGAACUACUGGAAUGCUAGGUUAUACAGACUUGGAGGAUCAUGUAGAACAGUCCUUUGAACAAGAUGACAAGCUGACUCCAACUGGUGAAGCAUACUUUGCUGUUUCGCAAGUUCCAGUUGUAAGUGAAUCUCAAGCAUGUAUGACCUAUGCUACGUUUGAUUCUUACAACGUGUUGGAGUCUGAUUACUUCAGCACUAAUGAAACGGUUCCUAAAAAUGAAGUUAUAAAAGGAAAGAUUGAGUUCAAGGAAACUUCAGUACCAUUCCAGUUAACUGAUAUUGAGUCAAAAGCAAAUGAUAAGGUCAAGGAUCCAACAUCUGCGGCACCAGUAUUUGCUAAAUACAAAUCCAAUUCUAAUACAGAUGUGACAGCUACUUCUGAAAUGAAUUCAGAACUGCUUAGUAACUUGGCAAUCCAUCCAAAGCAGAUUGUGCAAUCCGACUAUUUGAAUGAAAUCAUUAAUUCAAAUCAGACUGCGCCAAGUUUUGCACCCUACCAUUUACAAAGAACCUCUGAAAUCAUAUCCCCAGGAUUAACGCAAUUAGAAAUCAGUGAAAACUCGAUCGAUACAGAAGUGAGGAAAUCUCAAGAAUCUCUUGAUCAAUUCAAACCACAACUUUACUCUUCUGAAGUGUGUGUUUUAGGCAAAUCUGAUGACAUACAAGAUUUAACAGACACUAUUGUGAAGGCACCAACUUCCAUAGACACAGAGUCUGAUCCUGAUUAUACUCAAAAUGCUGCUAAAGAGCAAAUUGUGCAUGCCCUUCAGGAACCACUUAGUGCUGACAGUGGUAUUCCAGAGUUAUCAAAAACACAGCCUUUCUUUGAAGAACGAAAGGCUAUUACAGAAGGGGGAGUUAUUGAAGAUACUGUAAUUAUUUCCGAGAAGAUUCAGGUUUCUGAAAAGGGAAAUAUACUAGAUCGCACAUUAGAUUCUGUUGUAGAGGUAGGAGGUAAUAAUGAUUUACGUGUAUGCUUGGGGCUCAGCGAGCCUGAUGUCUCUGAAAAAAUAAACAAGUUUGAUCAGUCCAGGAAAGAAGAAUUAUUACCUAGUAAGAUUGUGGAAGAAACAAGUUGUUCUACAUUGCUUUAUCAAAUACCAGAUAUAUCAGCUGGUAUUUCAGUGACAAUGAAGAAUCUAGAUGUGAUUACAUGCAAAGAAGUUGCCAUCAGUAAAUCUGAACCUAUUUUGGGAACACAGGGAGCUGCUACAAUUGGAAUGAAACCUGUUGAAGGAAUUUUAGCUGAUUACAGACAUGUUGAGCAAUGUUCACUUCCUCCACUUUCACUCCAAGAUGAAACUGAAAUCCCACCACUGAUUAAAAAUGUAACUGAAGAUGUUCCAUCUGACCUAUUAAAGGUUACAGAGAAAGGUGUACCAGAAAGUAAUUUAAGCUAUCGGGAAACUUCUGAUGAAGUACUCCCUAGUCCAACAAUAAGUGAAAGGUAUGACUUAAACAAAUCUAGUCCUAUUUUGAUUGCCGAUAGAGAAUUUGGUUCACAAGUCUUGGCUGAAGGGACUAGUUUGACUACUUUCCAGCCAGUGACUGGUGGUAUUGCCCCAGCUUUGCAAAAUACAUUUCCAAACAAUUUUUUAGAACAAAUUGAUGAAAUGAAAACCAGAUUUGAUGACCAUUCUGAAAAUUUGGAGAUGAUGCAAGUACAGAUGAAGACCCAAAGUGAUGCUUCGUUCCCCAUAAAUGAAGAAGUAACUAAGGCUUCAAAAGAAGUGGUUACAAAAAUUUUAGAAACCAGUGUUGCUUUAGCAGAAGUUUUGGGAGGGAAGGAAGGAGCAAUAGCACAAUCCAUAUCUCAGCAAGAAGCAGAUAUAAUGUUUCCUUCCCCUGUUGAAGAUGUAAGCAAAAAAAUUGUUCCUGUAGAAGCCCUGGUGCCAGAACUGCCCCCUGUGGCUGAGAGCACUAAAACAUCCAAAGAUGCUGCUUUUGUUGGUAUUGAAGAUUUUUCUGUAAAACCGGACAAAAAAUCAGUGAUGGACUUAAUCUACUGGCGUGAUAUUAAGAAGACUGGAUUGGUAUUUGGUGCGAGCCUGUUCUUGCUGCUGUCAAUGACCAUUUUCAGCAUUGUCAGUGUGAUUGCGUACCUUGCCCUGGCACUGCUUUCAGUUACCAUUAGUUUCAGGAUAUACAGAGGUAUUCUGCAAGCAGUGCAGAAGUCUGAUGAAGGGCAUCCAUUCAAGGCCUGUUUGGAGACAGAUGUUGCUGUAUCUGAUGAACUAGUGCAGAAGUAUAGUGAUGUUGGGCUAAGCCAUAUCAACCGUGUGAUUACUGAAUUAAGACGACUAUUCCUUGUUGAAGAUCUGAUAGAUUCUCUGAAGUUUUCAGUGCUGAUGUGGCUGCUCACUUAUGUUGGUGCCUUGUUUAAUGGACUGUCCCUGCUGAUAAUAGCUCUGGUAGCAGUUUUCAGCAUUCCUGUGGUUUAUGAAAGACACCAGACUCAAAUUGAUCAUUACAUAGGGAUAGCAAGUAAGCAGAUUAGAGAUAUCACUGCUAAGAUUCAAACGAAAAUUCCUGGACUGAAGAAGAAGACUGAGUAAUGGAGCUUGUCCUGUGCUUCAUAGCAUGUUUUCUGCUGGGCUGUCACUUGGAUUAUCACAGGGAGGAUUGGAAAGAACAAAAUAGCCUUGGAACUGCAGUGUAAUUUGCAAGUCUUUUCCAUUUUGGUAGUAACAAAGUGUUUAACUGUAGUCUAUUUCGUAUUACAUUAUAUCACAUGCUAACAUGUAGGAAGUUUGAAUUCAGUUUAUUUAUGUCAUUUGGUACAGAGAACACUGGUUUGUAUUAAAGAUUUGAGAAACUAUACAUUGCACGUGUCGGGAUAGUGUCUUAUUAUGUGAAAACAAAUCAUGGUGCAGUUGGAGCUUUUGGUAUUCCCUGCCCCCUCCCCAGUUUGCACACUGUUUGUAGGAUCUAUGCUGUGAGGUUGGUGCAAAUUUCUAACUCCAUGUGAUCAAAAUAUUUACUGUUCCAUUGUAGUGAAAUUUGAGGUCUUGCUUUUCUGACUAAAACCUGUCGCUGUAUUAAGAUUUUACUGUUUUAACAAUUACCCAGUUAGUGUUUCACUAAGCUAGCAAGUUGACUUGAGCAGCUCCACAGUGCUUGUUAUUUCAGAGGUAACUGAAUUUUAAAGAUGGAUCCACAGCACUGAACCAUACACUAAGAUAUAUAUGCCAUAAAAUCUCAGCAUAAAUGUUCAAUUCAUCAGAUUUUCAUCUGUUUAGCCAGAAAUGUAUGAGCACAUCUAUAGCAAAAUUUUAACUGUACUUUUGAUUAUUUGUGGACUGUAUCUAAUGCUAUGAAUAAAUGUAACUUGGAAAUUGCAAACAUUGUUUGCGCACAUCUGAGAGUGGACAUUACAUUGUAAACGAAUUGGGCUCAGGCCUUUGGGGAAUGCAUUGUGAAAUAAAAAUGAGAAUGAAUUAAGCUUA